AUGCCACCUAAGAGAAAGGCUUCUAGAGUUGCUGCUGAGUCAGAUGAAGCAUUCCAGGAACUUUUCCAACCAGAGUACAAGGGAAAGAAACUCACUGACGAGAUCAACACCGCGGAAGACAAAUGGAACUUACUUCCUGCGUUCUUGAAAGUCAAGGGGUUAGUCAAACAACAUUUGGACUCAUUCAACUAUUUCGUGGACACGGACUUGAAAAAGAUCAUCAAGGCUAACGAACUCGUCUUGUCUGAUGUGGAUCCCGAGUUUUAUUUAAAGUAUUUGGAUAUUAGAGUUGGCCACAGAUCGAAAACUCCUAACGACAAGCUCGUGCUUAUGCCACCACAUCAAUGUCGUUUACGAGAUUUGACUUAUUCAGCCCCAAUUUUUGUGGAUGUGGAGUAUACCCGUGGCCGUAAGAUCAUCGUGCAUACUGAUUUGGAAAUUGGAAGAAUGCCAAUUAUGUUGAGAUCAAACAAGUGUAUUUUGGACGGAGCUGAUGAUAACACCAUGGCCCGUUAUGAUGAGUGUCCCUUGGACCCAGGUGGGUAUUUCAUUGUUAAUGGUACUGAAAAGGUCAUUUUAGUUCAGGAGCAAUUGUCCAAGAAUAGAAUUAUUGUCGAGGCUGAUGAAAAGAAAGGGAUAGUGCAAGCAUCCGUCACUUCUUCUACUCACGAGCGUAAAUCCAAGACGUAUGUCAUCACCAAGAACGACAAGAUUUACUUGAAGCAUAACUCCAUCAGUGAAGAUAUCCCUAUUGUCAUUAUCUUGAAGGCUGCCGGUAUCACUUCCGAUUUGGAAAUUUUACAAUUGGUUUGUGGAUCUGAUCCAAACUAUCAAGAUUUAUUCGUGGUGAAUUUUGAAGAAGCGGCCAGAUUGGAAGUGUUCACCCAACAACAGGCUUUGAAUUAUGUCGGUAAGAGAGUCAAGACUAUUAGAAGAGCAGGCGCACCUAAAUUAUCACAAUUGCAAGAAGGUAUUGAAGCUAUUGCCACCACUAUUAUUGCCCAUUUAACCGUGUCUGAUUUGCAAUUUAAAGAAAAGGCCCUUUAUAUCGCUACCAUGGCCAGACGUGUUAUCAUGACCAUGCACAAUCCAACCAUGGUUGAUGAUAGAGAUUAUGUUGGUAACAAGAGAUUGGAAUUGGCUGGUCAGUUGAUGUCAUUAUUAUUUGAAGAUUUGUUCAAAAAGUUUAAUUCCGACUUUAAAGCCAACAUUGACAAAGUGUUGAAGAAACCCAGCAGAACUUCUGAAUUUGAUGCAUUACUUUCGAUCAAUAUCCACUCCAACAAUAUCACCAUGGGUUUAAAUAGAGCUAUAUCUACCGGUAACUGGUCGUUAAAGAGAUUCAAGAUGGAAAGAGCCGGUGUCACUCAUGUCUUGUCACGAUUGUCGUAUAUUUCCGCCUUGGGUAUGAUGACUCGUAUUUCGUCGCAGUUUGAAAAAUCGAGAAAGGUUUCUGGUCCAAGAGCAUUGCAGCCUUCUCAGUUUGGGAUGUUGUGUACUUCAGAUACCCCAGAAGGGGAAGCCUGUGGGUUGGUUAAGAAUUUAGCAUUAAUGACACAUAUCACUACCGAUGACGAAGAAUUGCCAAUUAAGAAGCUUUGCUACAUGUUGGGUUGUGAACCUAUUUUGGGGGUCGAUUCCGCUACUUUGCACGAUGAAGGAAACUUUGGUAUUCAUGUCAAUGGUACCCUUGUAGGAACAACCCGUUUCCCUGGUAAGUUUGUGGAGAACUUCCGUAAGUUGAGAAGAACCGGGAAAGUCUCGGCUUUUAUUUCCAUACACACAAACACCCACCAACAAGCUGUGCACAUUGCCACUGAUGGAGGUAGAAUCUGUCGUCCAUUAAUCAUUGUUGAGAAUGGAAAAUCAAAAGUGACUGCGGAACAUUUGCUCAAGUUGAAGAAGGGAGAGUGGGCAUUUGAUGAUUUCUUGGUGCAUGGAUUGGUCGAGUACCUUGAUGUUAAUGAAGAAAAUGAUUCCUUAAUUGCAUUGUACGAGGAAAAUAUCAAUGAAAACAGCGUUCCUACUACCCAUUUGGAAAUUGAGCCAUUCACGGUAUUGGGUGCCGUUGCCGGGUUGAUUCCAUACCCUCACCAUAACCAAUCGCCUAGAAACACAUAUCAAUGUGCGAUGGGUAAGCAGGCAAUUGGUGCAAUUGCCUACAACCAAUUCCGAAGAAUUGAUACCUUGUUGUAUUUCAUGGUUUACCCACAACAACCAAUGGUCAAGACCAAGACUAUUGAGUUGAUUGAUUACGAUAAAUUGCCGGCAGGUCAAAAUGCUACUGUGGCGGUGAUGUCGUAUUCCGGGUACGAUAUUGAAGAUGCUUUGGUUUUGAAUAAGGCCAGUAUUGAUCGUGGGUUUGGACGUUGUCAGGUUGUGCGUAAGAACACGAUCCAGUUGAAGAGAUAUCCUAACCAUACCAAAGAUAUUCUUUCCGGUAUGAGAGUUGACGAGCAUGGUAAUCCAAUUUUCCCCCAUCAAGCAUUAGGGCCAGAUGGGUUGGGUGAAGUUGGAGCUAGAAUUGAAAAUGGGCAAAUUUAUGCCAACAAGUUUGUUCCUACCAAUGCUGGGGAGUCUGCCUUGGGGGGAGCCAGUGAACCAACCAAUGUUGAAAGUCAUCGAGAAACUCCCGCUUACUAUAAGGGUCCUGAGCCUUCGUAUGUUGAUCAAGUUAUGAUGUCUGUCAGUGAUAACGAUCAAGCUUUGAUCAAGGUGUUAUUAAGACAAACCAGACGUCCGGAAUUGGGGGACAAGUUCUCUAGUAGACACGGACAAAAGGGGGUUUGUGGUAUUAUUGUCCAACAGGAAGAUUUGCCAUUCAACGAUAUGGGUAUUUCGCCUGAUAUUAUCAUGAACCCGCACGGGUUCCCAUCUCGUAUGACGGUAGGUAAGAUGAUUGAAUUGAUUUCUGGUAAGGCUGGUGUGUUGAAUGGUACGUUGGAAUACGGGACUUGUUUCGGUGGUUCUAAGUUAGAGGACAUGUCCAAGAUUUUAGUUGACAAGGGGUUCUCGUAUUCUGGUAAGGAUAUGUUGUAUUCGGGUAUCACUGGUGAGUGUUUGCAAGCGUACAUUUUCUUUGGGCCAAUCUAUUAUCAAAAAUUGAAGCAUAUGGUUUUGGACAAGAUGCACGCGAGGGCAAGGGGUCCAAGGGCUGUGUUGACCAGACAACCUACUGAAGGUAGAUCUAGAGACGGUGGGUUGAGAUUGGGGGAGAUGGAGAGAGACUGUGUUAUUGCCUAUGGUGCUUCGCAGUUGUUGCUUGAAAGGUUGAUGAUUUCUUCUGAUGCAUUUGAAGUUGAUAUUUGUAACAAGUGUGGUUUGAUGGGUUACAAUUCGUGGUGUACGACUUGUAAAUCUUCUGAGAAUAUCAUCAAGAUGACGAUUCCAUGUGCUGCCAAGUUGUUGUUCCAAGAGUUGUUGUCGAUGAACAUUGCUCCUAGAUUGAGAUUGGGUGAUGUGUUUUAGCUUGUAUAGAGUGUAUAAUAUAGAAAAUGAGAUAAAGAAUUGACCGAGAUAAA